GUUGGUUGGAUUGAAGGUGAUUUACUGGCGGGGAUUGAUCGUGGUGAUAAUUGCGGUGCUGCUUGAUGGACUCAUGACGGAGGUUGGUGAUGGCUCCCUCUGGCCAUCAUCAAAGAAGUCAUCCAUAGCUAGAAGAAGCUGGGUACAGCCUCUUCGCGUGUGCAUCAGUCAUCGUCAUCAGCCCGUCAGCAAGAGCGCAUUCCCUCAGCCAGCCAAGUCUGUUCAAUACUCCCAGAACAAGCUGCUGGUAAACCACGUCCAUCAGCAACACCAACACGAGAAAACACCAAGAAUCCCACUGCGGCAAAUAGUAGAAACCAACGCAAACGUACGCAAAAUACCUCCUCAAGUCCUCCCUUCCCUGUCCCUGGCCACCUGCAGCUUACACAUCCUAGUCCUCGGCAUCGACUCCGAAGCAAAUCCAUGCCCACCGUCACGCCGGGAUAUUUUUACCAUCCACAACUCUAUCCGCGAUAACCAUCAUGGGAAGUGUAAAACCCAAAACAAAAGAAAACCGCCCAAAGGUCCCUAAUUUGUCCACGGGGGCGGUGCAAGCAAGCCAGCCGCACCUGCAGC